GAGACCUUUCACGUUUCACGUGUCCGUACAUAACCAACGAGCCAGCCAUGUCAUCGUUCGACGACUCGUUCCCUCAACCCAGCGAGGACUCGGUCCCCAUUGCCGGGUCGACUCGUCCGUUCGACGACGGCAGCUACAUAGGUUACGACCCGCGCCUUUCCUCCCAGCGAUUUGACUCGCUCACUGAGACUCACUUCGCCGACUCCGACUCAGUCAAGGACUCGGCCACCGACUCGCCGAUCUUCCAUGAUAACAAUAACAACAACAACUACUCUUUCUCUGCCGGAGAUGGCGAGUUCGCGUCGCAGCCAGUGCCGGAGAUCUACGCCGGACCGAACGGCGAGGGUUUCGAUGGAGGGUUUAGUGGAUCGGACGGUCCAGUUUUGCUUCCUCCGGCCGAGAUGGAGCCUGAGGAGGGCUUCGCUCUCAGGGAAUGGAGGAGACAUAAUGCGAUCCAGCUGGCAGAGAAGGAGAAGAUUGAGAAGGAGUUAUUGAACCAGAUAAUCGAUGAAGCGGAAGAAUACAAAGUUGAUUUCUACAGGAGGAGGAAGAUCACCUGUGAGAACAACAUAGCCACUAACAGGGAGAAGGAGAAGUUAUUUCUUGCCAAUCAAGAGAAGUUCCAUGCUGAGGCUGAUAAGAACUACUGGAAGGCCAUUGCAGAGCUCAUUCCUUAUGAGGUGCCAGCCAUCGAGAAAAGAAGAGGGAAGAAAGAUCAGGAGAAGAAGCCUUCCGUUGUCAUUGUCCAAGGUCCCAAGCCUGGAAAGCCAACUGAUCUUUCAAGGAUGCGGCAGAUAAUCUUAAAACUAAAGCACAGCACACCUCCCCACCUGAAGCAUUCUCCGCCACCAGCACCAACUGCUACAAAUGAUGCUCAAACCAGUGGUGCCGCUGCCGUUGUGACUCCUGAGACUGUUGUUGCUGCUUGAUAGUUAUGUCAGCCUUUGUAAGUCAGGAUAUUUCACUGUAAGCGACUCUGUUGUUUGGUAAUAUGAAAUUAAGACCUUCGAACAUCAUCGCUUGGAUUAUUUGAAUGUCCGAGGCUAUUUUUGUGUUUUCCAUGUAUAAAUCUCGACUUAUGGCCCCGAAUUUAUGAUAAUAUUUUUCUCAUUGGUGUCAA